UGGCGAGAACCAAGGCGUGUGGGGACGCAGGGCCUCUGCGCGUCAGGGAGCAGAACCUGGGCCGAACCCUAGGUGAAGGGGCUGGGUGGUUGGCCCUUAGCCAAUCAUGGCUCGUGACGACAGGGCUCGACCAAUCAGAGCAAGGGAGGCCUGGCGCACUCAGGGCGGGUGAGGAACCGCCCCCUUGCAGCUCCGCGGCCAACGCCUUAGUCCAGGGGUAGUUGGAGUGGUGCAGGUUUACAGACUCCAGGGACUAGGGGCCUUAUGAGCUGGGAGGUGGUGCCUCUCACCCAGCUAAUUUCUCUCUAGCCCUUGGCCUUCACAGAUGUUGGUGCCUGCCGUGAACGCAUUCUGAUCUGGGCCGUUAUCUGUCUCCCAGGACUUUGUGCCUGUGGUUGGGGACAGAGUGAGGUCGUUGCCUUGACAACGGCAGCAUGCGGCCAGUGGUCCUCCUAAGUGUGAGCUUGCGGCGGACCGAGGCCUACCUGCCUCCUUGCCUGCGUCGCUCAGGACCUGCGAAGAAAUCACAACAGCGCUGCAAUUGCUAGUUUGCUAGGCAGCAUCUUUUGGACCUGCGAGCGAUAUGCAUUUCACCUCCAAUUUGUUUCCAAGUUGAAAACCUUUGGGACUUUCCAUGCAAACGGAUUGAAGAAACACAAAAAGUUUCUACUAGCUUUAAAUUAAAAUGGAAAAAUAUGAGAACCUGGGAUUGGUUGGAGAAGGGAGUUAUGGAAUGGUGAUGAAGUGUAGGAAUAAAGAUACUGGAAGAAUUGUGGCCAUCAAGAAGUUCUUAGAAAGUGACGAUGACAAAAUGGUUAAAAAGAUUGCAAUGCGAGAAAUCAAGUUACUAAAGCAACUGAGGCAUGAAAAUUUGGUGAAUCUCUUGGAAGUGUAUAAGAAGAAAAAACGAUGGUACCUAAUUUUUGAAUUUGUUGACCACACAAUUCUUGAUGACUUAGAGCUCUUUCCAAAUGGACUAGACUACCAAGUAGUUCAAAAGUAUUUGUUUCAGAUUAUUAAUGGAAUUGGAUUUUGUCACAGUCACAAUAUCAUACACAGAGAUAUAAAGCCAGAGAAUAUAUUAGUCUCCCAGUCUGGCAUUGUCAAGCUAUGUGAUUUUGGAUUUGCACGUAAAUUGGAAGCUCCUGGGGAGGCUUAUACUGAUUAUGUGGCAACCCGGUGGUACAGAGCUCCAGAACUAUUGGUUGGUGACGUCAAGUAUGGCAAGGCUGUUGAUGUGUGGGCUAUUGGUUGUCUGGUAACUGAAAUGUUCAUGGGGGAACCCCUAUUUCCUGGAGAUUCUGAUAUUGAUCAGCUAUAUCAUAUUAUGAUGUGUUUAGGUAAUCUAAUUCCAAGACAUCAGGAGCUUUUUUAUAAAAAUCCUGUAUUUGCUGGAGUAAGGUUGCCUGAAAUCAAGGAAAGAAUACCUCUUGAAAGACGCUAUCCUAAGCUCUCUGAAGUGGUGAUAGAUUUAGCAAAGAAAUGCUUACAUAUUGACCCUGACAAAAGGCCCUUCUGUGCUGAGCUCUUAUACCAUGAUUUCUUUCAAAUGGAUGGAUUUGCUGAGAGGUUUUCUCAAGAACUACAGUUAAAAGUACAGAAAGAUGCCAGAAAUAUUUCUUUAUCUAGAAAAUCCCAAAACAGAAAGAAGGAAAAAGAAAAAGAUGAUUCUUUAGGUGAAGAAAGAAAAACACUUGUGGUACAGGAUACCAAUGCUGAUCCCAAAAUUAAGGAUUGUAAACUAUUUCAAAUAAAAGGGUCAAAAAUUGAUGGAGAAAAAGCUGAAAAAGGCAACAGAGCUUCAAAAGCCAGCUGUCUCCAUGAUAAUAGGACAAGCCAUGUCAAAAUAGUGCCUUCAACGAGCCUCAAAGAUUGCAGCAAUGUCAGUGUGGACCACACAAGGAAUCCAGGUGUGGCAAUUCCCCCACUUACACACAAUCUUUCUGCAGUUGCUCCUGGUAUUAAUUCCGCAAUGGGGACUGCGACUAUACCAAUUCAGAGUUACAGAGUGGAUGACAAAACUAAGAAGUGUUCUAUUCCGUUUGUUAAACUGAACAGACAUUCCCCAUCAGGCAUUUAUAAUACUAAUGUGACCACAUUAGUCUCUAGUGAAAAGAGUCUCCUUCAGGCAAGUAAGAACAGAAGGGACUACUCCAGGACAGAUGUCCGUUUGCCUGAACUAAACUCUAAUCAUCUCCCUGAACUAAGAACCUUGGAAGGCAUAGCUCGAAAUUCCAGGCUAACAAAGAAAGAGAACAAAAUUCUUUCAGCAUCUCGAAUUCCUUCUCUGGCCACUAUUGACCUGCACACCCCCAGUAUUACAUUACAUCAGGUAUCAGGACUUCCCCUGUCAGAUGAUUCAGGGGCUGAUUUGCCUCAAAUGGAGCACCAGCACUGAGAAUCAUUUUGGUUCUGAACUGGAUGCUGCUCUUGCACUUGAGAUGACAUCUUCUUGCAGCAAGAGUGCUGAUAUCCCAAGAGGAGAGAUUCAUAGUUUUGAUCAUUUCCUUCUGAGCUACCUGCAGUUUCUGAGAAAGGCCUUCUAGAAGAAGUAAAGACAAAGACUUCCAAAUGUUUCCAAGGAAGAUUGAACAAGUGCCCCUCCCUAACUGUUAUCCCAUCACCUUUCACAUCCACUGAUGCUAUAUCAAGAUAUAUCCAGUGGAAGAACAGUGAUAUGGUUCUUGUUACACGAAUGUGUAUUUACUGUUAGGAGAUUGUUUUUUAAGUCACCCAUGAUUAAAAGUGUGUAAAAAAGGGGAACAGAGAAAAAUGUUAUAAAAAGGCCAUGUUACUCAGGCAUUGAACUUUGUGUGUUUUCUGUAUAAAUGCGUAUAUUUAUUUAGGAGAGAGUUUGGUGGGGGUAGGGGAUAAAAAUUACAAUCAGUUGAAGAAAAUUGAAGAAACCAGGAUCAGUAAGAGAAACUGUUUGCUUUACCCAAAUUUAGCUAUGAAAACACACUUAAAAAUCUUACUUGCCUCUAGAUAUUAACGGAAUAUGUAACUGCUGUCCGUGGGUAGAUGUGUAUCUUUGGUUUCAGUAAUUAUUGUUGAUGUUCUAUCAUUAUAUUAUAGGAUUCUGGCCACUAUGCUGAUCUUCUAAGAACCACACUAAUGCAAGCCUGACAGAGAAACCUUCUCUUUUGAAUGACUUACCACAACUCUGGCAUUAGGUAGUUCUCUGUAUUGUAAGAUUCUGGUGCUAAUGUUCCAUACAGAAUUGAUCAGGACUGAUUUACUCUUCUGUGGACCAAUUGCUAUUGAACUGCCCAGCUGAAGAGGCUCUGGGGAGGGAAUGUUCAUUAUUAUGGACUCCACUUUUGUCCCCUGGUAGUUUAAGGGUGAUACUAGAAUCCAGAGAAGUUCCUGUCUCCUUGUGACCUCAAACACUAAGGCCUUCUCAAAUGCUUUUCACCACGGUGCAAAAUCAUUUACCUACAUUCCACACAUCUUUUCCAAGGUAUGAAUCCAAAACAUUUUAGGUGAGAGGAAUAAACCAAGUUGGCUACAGGUUCCUGAUUUCUGCAUUUAUUAUUUUAGAGAGUGGUUGUUUAGGGAACCAGAAUUUGUGUGAGUUUUUUGCCUUAGCCAAUUAAUAGUGUGUUGCUUUUUUCCCCAAAAGCCAUUAACUAGAACUUAGCCGAAGAGUUUAAAUAGAACUUUAUUACUCUGAGGAACUUAGCCUCAAAACAGUAGGACAUUCAAAAGGAGGCAAAUAAGGGGUUUCAAUGUACAAGCGUAUAGGUGGUGGUUAAAUUAAAAUUUGGUCUUGAUUUAAAAGCUCUACUUUUAAUCUGUGACCAGGUUUUUGACUACACUGGUAUGGCUAACAUGCUGAAAAAACUAGGGUGUCAGCAUUAAUAGCCUUCACAUUAAAACGUUAUUAUUUUAUUUUUACUUUAAAAAAAACUGCCAAUAGAUUCUACAGCAUGGCAAGCAGGUAAUACUUCAAGUCAAAUGGCGCUUCAGCUUACUUCAAUACUUUUUUUCUGUGAAGAUCAGUGUGAAAAGAUCUCAAUGUUUGAGGUUCUAGGAUCAAUUACCUUCCAAUUUUUAUGCUAACUUUUGAUAUCUUUUGCCUAUUAAAACACCUUUGAACUUUAGAAUUAAGGAAGUAAAAAUUAUUUACUAUGUCAAAGUUACGACUUGAGGAUCGUAUCUAAUUAGAACCGUGGCAGAACUACUAGAAAAAGAAGAUUCUGCAAAUUGGUUUCAGUGAUUCUUGUUGAUGUAAUCAUAAUCAUCAGCAAUAAUAGAUAUUGAACCAAAUGAUCCUUUUUUUAAGUUUAAGGUUAUUUAGUGUCUCUUUGUAAGGAUCUGAUGUAGUCACACACUAAUAGGGAAUAUGUGUAUGUACUGGUGGGAGCAGUGGGCUUGCUGUGUGUAUGUAUGUUUUAACAAUAAAUAUUAUCUUACUGAGUGCCAUAUAUGCUUUUAAUUUAGAUUUAUUUAAUUAAAGUUACUAUAAAUAAUAUAUACACUGUUAUAUGGUAUUUAGCAAAUAAGUUUGAAAUCUGUUAAUUCUUCUUCUGGAAAACUUUGGAGGUAGGGGUGGCAAGCUAAUUUUCUUGUAUAGCCGGUGAUAUAAGCAGCAUGGUCAUAAAAUAACAUGUCUUGUAAAGACUAACUAGUAAAAGUUGUGACAGAACCUGGUUUUCCUGACUUAAAAUCCCUUGCUUGCUUAGAAUAUCUGACUUCCCAUUGAAAUGGAACAUAGAAAAUGUGUUUUCUUAUGUGACUCUCAUUAUUGGUUCCUUUAUCUUAGCUGUGCUGCAGUGUAAGGCUGGACCUGUAAUACACUACAUAUCAGACUAGGCUGAAAAAUAUGGUCGAUUUGUUUUCUACGCCCUCCUCUAUAUAACUGAACCAUGGGCAGGGAAUUAAUGAAGCAACAGAGCACUGCUCCUAAGGCUUUAGGCUACUCUUAGUGAAUUGGACUAAAUGGAUUUGUCUCUGUUGUUUUGCAUUGUUUUUGCAUUAGAAGCAGGUGCUUAACACUCCUCUAUAUGAAUAAAAAAUUAUGUUCUCA